CAAAGAUCUUCUAUACACUUUAUAGAACGUCUCUGGUCAUACUCGACAGGGAGCGAGAAUCUGCAGAACACCGGACACAUUUUACUUCAAAUUCCAGAAAGAGACAUGACGACCAACCGCAGAUUCCAACUUCAGAUCCUGCUGGUUUUCUGCCUGAACUCAGUGAGCUGCCAGGAGUCAGUUGAAGGUUUUGUUGGAGGAAACGUCCUACUGCCCUGCAUCUACGACCAGUCCCUACCAGCAGAGGUCAACGCCUUCUGGAGGGACAAAGAUGACUUGGCUGUCCUGGACAUCAAGAAGAGUUUACCAGAUUACACGUUUCAGGACGAGACGUACCAAGGUCGAGUGACCAGCUUCCCUGAAGAGUACAAGGACGGGACCUUCUCCAUCCUCAUGACGAAGCUGCAGAAGAACGACACGGGCACAUAUGAGUGUUACGUCAAGACAGGCUCGUAUCGUAGGAUAGUCGACCUGACGGUUUCAGAUCAACCUGCAGGGAUAAAAACUGAUCCUCCAUCAGGCGGAGCAGCAGGACUGAAGCUCCUCCCGCUGGUCCAACUCUCUGCUCUCUGUCUGCUGCUCUGCUGCUAGAAGAGAAGAUUUCUGUUCCUUCACUGAAGAACCCAGUCUGUUACCAUGGCUUCAGGAAAUAUAGUCACUACAUCAUGUAACAAUCUGAUUAUUUAGUUAGUUUAGUUACAUGUGCACUUUAUUUGUUUGCACUUUAUUUGUUUGUAAUUUUUUGUAUAAGUGUGUUUUGAUCCUACUUAAGAGAAGAACCUAUUUGAACCAUUUUUCAGACAAUAAAAUAACAUUUGAACCAUUUCGCAAACGCGACCGUAUCACAUGGUCCUGUGUGUGGGAUGAAGUAGACGAUGACGCGUCUACAGAGCAGCAGUAAUAGCUUUUAUUGUCUGAAAAAAUGUUCAAAUGUUAUUUUAUUGUCUGAAAAUUUGUUCAAAUAUGAUAUUUUUUUACUUAAAAAAUUAAAAAUAUGUUUUGUUGAUGAGAA